GAGCGUCUCCUCACUCUGCUGCAUCUGCGGCUGCCGUUAAAGGACACACCAAGCGGUCAAACAACCACAUUUACACUGCGACCUCCAGGAGAAAUAUGCUGUUUAAACAGUAACCUUUUCAACGGAAAUAACCCGCAAUAUUAUAAUACUCAAGAGCAGCUUUUCCCCAGUGGACCUUCCAGACCAGUGACAGUCCACCAUGUUGUCCAGGUUGAAGACAACCUGGUCCCUGAGGCCCUGUGUCUCUGUUUGCAGAUGGGCACACACCAAAGAUAAGGGCAAGCCCCUCAUGCUCAACCCUCGCACCAACAAAGGCAUGGCCUUCACUCUCCAGGAGCGACAGAUUUUGGGGAUACAUGGUCUGCUGCCUCCCAAAGUGGAGACUCAGGACAUUCAGGCCAUGCGCUUUCAGAAUAAUCUCAAGAACAUGACUGAUCCCCUGCAGAAGUACAUCUACUUGAUGGGCAUCCAGGAAAGAAAUGAGAGGCUUUUCUACAGGGUGCUGAUGGAAGACAUCGAGGAACUGAUGCCAAUAGUUUACACUCCCACUGUAGGCCUGGCCUGCACACAUUAUGGACACAUCUUCAGACGACCCAAAGGUUUGUUUAUCUCCAUUCGGGACAAAGGACACAUUCGUUCCAUCCUAGACAAUUGGCCAGAGACUGAUGUUGCAGCGGUAGUGGUUACUGAUGGAGAGCGUAUUUUAGGACUAGGGGACCUGGGUGUUUAUGGAAUGGGCAUCCCAGUUGGAAAACUCUGCCUGUACACAGCCUGCGCCGGCAUUAGACCUGAGAGAUGCCUGCCUGUGGCCAUAGACGUUGGCACCAACAAUAAGACUCUCCUCAAAGACCCGCUGUACAUGGGCCUGUACCAGGAGCGAGAUAAUUCUCAGGUCUACGAUGAUCUGAUUGAUGAGUUCAUGGAAGCUGUGGUGGACAAAUACGGGCAGGGCACACUCAUCCAGUUUGAGGACUUUGGGAACCACAAUGCCUUCCGCUUCCUCAGGAAGUACAGGGAGAAGUACUGCACCUUCAACGACGACAUCCAAGGCACUGCAGCUGUAGCCCUUGCUGGUCUGUUGGCAGCUCAGAGAGCCAUUGGCAAACCCAUCACUGAACAUCGGGUGCUUUUCUUGGGAGCUGGAGAGGCUGCACUUGGUAUUGCCAAUCUGAUCGUCAUGGCGAUGAUGGAGAAGGGAAUGUCCCAAGAUGAGGCCAGAAAUAAGAUCUGGUUGUUCGAUAAACAUGGCUUACUUGUAAAGGGCCGACAGGAGGAGACGGACACUAACCAGGAGGCGUUUGUCCAUGACAGUCCAGGGUCCGUGCAGAGCUUCCUGGAUGCCGUCAAGACCAUCAAACCCACAGCUAUUAUUGGUGUUUCCGGAGCUGGCCGUCUGUUCACUCACGAUGUCCUCAAAGCCAUGGGAACUAUGAACGACCGACCAAUCAUCUUUGCCCUGAGUAACCCCACCACUAAAGCAGAGUGCACAGCAGAGGAUGCCUACACACUAACUGAUGGCAGAUGUCUUUUUGCUAGUGGCAGUCCUUUCGGUCCAGUGACUCUGAGCGAUGGGCGCGUCAUCACUCCUGGACAAGGGAACAACGCUUACAUCUUUCCAGGUGUGGCCUUGGCUGUGAUCCUGAGUGGAGUGAGACACAUCAGUGACACCGUGUUCCUAGAGGCUGCCAAGACCCUUGCAGAGCAGCUGACCGAUGAAGAGCUGGCAGAAGGCAGACUCUAUCCUCCGCUCUCCAACAUCAGAGAGGUCUCUCUCCAGAUGGCUGUCAAGGUGGUGGAGUUUGUCUAUGCUAAAGGCAUGGCGUUUAGCUACCCUGAGCCUGUGGACAAGGAGAGCUUUGUACGGGAUACUGUGUGGGACACCGACUACGACUCCUUCCUGCCAGACACUUACGAAUGGCCAGGUGUCAGCUACAGCCCCAAGACUGACGAGAAAUAGACCAAACCCUCACCUUAGUUUUCCACUUCACUCUUCAUCGCAGUUCUUAUGAGAGGAUCAUGAUUAUCUUGUCAAAAAUCUGUUUAUUAAAACAGAUAGUAGUAAGUAGUGCUACCAUAUCACUGCAUGUGCACUAAAUCAUUCUGAUUAGAUCUGUGAAAAAGGUAUAGUGAAAGAACAAAUUUAAACAGAAAUGGACUAUUUAACUUAGAAUCCUAAUUAUUUAUCACCUCUGUAUCCCAUGCAACCAGCACAUGAAGGGCCACCUGGUGGUAGGAAAAGGCAGUGUGGAAAUCUGGUUUAAUUGUUGAAACCUCAGAAAAGAUUUGAAUGAUCAAUACUCAGUUUUACAACAAAAAUAACUGAAAUAACUCUAAAUUAAUUAUAUUACAGUAAAUUAUAAAGAAACAUUCUGUGGUUUUAAUACACUCUUGCAAAAAGGAACCAAAACACCAAAUGCUAUAUUCCGCUUAAGCUCAAGAUGGGCUUUACAAGAUACUAGAAAUGACUCCAUGAUCUGUUUUGUGUUUCUUCUCAGUCAUUUUUAUCCUGAAACAGAGUUACCCUAUUGUUAGAAUAAACAAUAUUAUUAUCUUUACCCAUUUGAAAGGUACACUCCAUAUUUCAUUUAAAGACAAGUCUUAUUUGAGGCAGAGAAAUUGUUGUUGAACUUCUGACUCGGGUUGGUCUUGGGUGAGCACUACCCACUACUAUGACUAUUCGGCUACCUAAAUAUAGCUACAAUUAGUGCACACAUUGGCAUAAAGUACGGAAAUGGCCUUUUUCGAUGGAUUGAGCUCUUCAAUGAUCUAACAUUGCUCAGUGUUAGAUAUAUGUUUACAAAAUUCCUUCUUAACCCAUGUAUAAACACACUUAGCAUUCAUGGUUUUGUGUGGAAACAAGUAGCGACGGAGGGGAAACAAACAAUGGUAUUAUGAAGACAGCCAAGGAACCAAUGUCCACUCCAGCAUGUCAUGUGUUUGAAUGCUUUUGUCAAAUUGUAUUUAUUUCUCUGAAUUUAUUACAUUUAAUUUUCAAGGGAUGUUUUCAGAUGUGCUGUAUAUUCAUUAGAAACCCUGACAUCAACACUCCUUUAAUGAAUUGUGCUUAGAAGCAUCUAUCCCUAAAAACCAACGCUUGGCUUAACAUAUUCAAUAUCACUAUCCCUAAAUGUUUAAGUGAACAAUUUGCAGUAUUAAAUAAUUGGAUAAACAGUAUUUUCCCUUAAAAUAUAUUUUGUGUACUGGACAGAAAUGUUUGCGAUUGUGUACUGAAGGCACAUUUUAUAAAGUUGUUUAGUGCGUCCACGUGUGUUUCGGCAGGUUAUUGUGUUUCACUCAUUGGAACAUAUUGAACAACACACUUCCAGGCUCAUAUUAACGGUUUUUGUGCCGUUCAUAAAACAAACCAUUCGAAAACAAGCCAAUAUAAAAAGACAUUGGCAUACAGAUUUAAAAUGAAAUGUGCUUGAAUAGAAGGAAACCAAUCUCAGUUACUUAGUUUUUCAUUUCAAUAUAUAGCUCUUAAUUUAAUUUAAAUAAAUAACAAGCAGUGGUAAACAGAAGAUUUAAAGCAAUGGUCACCAACCUUUUUAAGCCCAAGAGCCCCGACCUCGGCCUAGGUGAAAGGCGAGAUCUACCUAUUGCAGAAUUGAGCGAAAAAGACAGCACUUCCAAUUUGAGGCCUUUUAUGUAGGCUAAUUGCAUCUGAAUAUACAUCAAAUCAUUUAGUGCAACUUCCAAUUUGACAGGGGUCGCCAGUCUCUGGCACUGUUAUUUUGGGGGUCGUGGGCUGAAAAGUUUGGGAACCCCUGGUUUAGACUGUGCAGCUUCAGGUUGUGAACACAUUUAUUAAAUGAUUAGAACCAUUUUAACCUCAGCAAGUGUUUGCUCUUAUGUCCAUCCAGCUGUUGUUACUGACUGUAAUCGUCCAGUAUGAAUUUGUAUGUUUCGUGGUUGUUUUCCUCAUGCAAGUCGUGUUGUUCCCAUAAUAAAAAUGUAAUCGCUUUUUCCAUAUAGUGUGUGCACUAAGGGGAUGUGUCCUUCAAGUCUGUUUCUGAAGAUUAUUUUUGUUACAAAAUACUAUUGCCUUAGCAUUUGUACGUAGAGAAUAUGUGCAGAAUAAACAGUUUUAAAACGUGA